UCUUUUCUUGAAGUAUCAAAACAAACGCCUAAAGAACGAUGGGGUCAUUCCAGUGUAUUUAUUUAUAGUAACUUAGGACCAUACCUACUAGUGGUGAGUGGAUUACUUAUGAUUGAUUGCUGGUUACUUGAUAUUAAUAAAAGAAUAUGGAAACAACUGUUGAAUUUACCAAGAAGUGUCACUAAUAGAUCAAAUCAUUCUAUGUCAGUAUGGAGUAUAACACCAACCAUUGACUGGAUAAUUGUGUUUGGAGGAGAUUCAAGAUACAAGGAUACAGCAGUUAUUGAACUCAGAUAUGAUGAUAAAGGUUGGUCUGUUAGUGAAAUACCUCUGGACCAAUAUCAAGAGAAACUACAAGAAAGGAGAAUAGAAUGGGAAGUAUCUCAACCUGUCCAACCUCAUCAUCAUCAAAACAAGGAAAGAGAAAUAAAACUACCAACUCAACAACUACAAGAAAAAGGAAGGGAGCUCCAGGAGGACAGAAGAGAAAUAGAUCGUCUGACACGUUUACUACAAGAAAGGGAAAGGGAACUACAGGAGGAGAGAAGAGAAAAGGAAUGAGUUAGAACCAGACUACAGGAACAACUUGAAUCAAGAGAGAGAGAAUCUCAAAUAAGAGAGCAACAGCUUCAAAGGGAAAUAGAAA